GUUUCUGCUGGUAGCACAAGAGUCACAAGGCGACACAUUUCUUUAUCAUGGAUCUCUACUAUCACCCGGCCUCGGCGCCUUGCCGCUCCGUCAUUAUGACAGCCAAGGCAUUGGGAGUUGAGCUCAACCUGAAGAUGUGCGAUGUGUUGGCGGGGGAACAGCUGAAGCCCGAGUUUGUAAAGCUCAAUCCCCAGCAUGUAAUACCCACCAUCGUGGACAACGGAUUCGUCCUUUGGGAGUCGCGUGCCAUCCUCAUUUAUCUGGUUGAGAAGUACGGCAAGGAGGACGACUCCCUCUAUCCCGCAGAUCCCCAGAAGCGAGCUGUGAUCAACCAACGCCUCUACUACGACAUGGGCACCCUCUUUCAGAGCUUCUUUCAGGCUAUCUUUCCGCAGAUCCGGAGCCAAAAGCCAGCCACUCCAGAGGCAAUGCAGAAGGUGGACAAGGCCUUUGGGCUCUUGAACACCUUCCUGGAGGAGGAUGAUUUUGUUGCUGGCUCUAGUCUGACUGUGGCCGACAUCUCCAUUCUGGCCAUUGUCUCCACCUUCGAAGUGGUGGACUAUGACAUCAGUCAGUAUCCGAAUGUGACCAAGUGGUACGAGAAUGUCAAGGAGGUGACACCCGGCUGGGAGGAGAACUGGGAGGGUGUAUUGCUGUUAAAAAAGUACAUGGAGUCCAAUAGCCAGUAAAUUUAUUUAUUUCAUCAUAAUGAGUACACAGACAUACUAGUCACACAAUAAAUAAUAAAUGUUCCCUUGGGCUGCUGCCCAAUUAU